GUCAAAGCAAGGGAAUAAGGGCUCCAAAAUAAAGACUCUAAGAAGUGAAUGAAGUCCGUGCGUCGUUUGACUGUGUGUGUGUGGCCUCACCGUGGAUUCUUCUCCAUUUCCUGGGCCCGAUCCCCAUUCCCAGAGUGCUUUGUAUCGCCCAUAGUUCCCAUCAUUCCCUGCCCAGACCCCAUUCGUGCCAGGAUGGCUUGAAAAUCCGGCUCAGAACCCGCCAUUCUGCUCCAUCCUCCGAUUCUCCACACCGUCUUCAAAUUUUGGUGGCUGGAUGUGGCCCAAGAUCCUGGAUUUAGAUGCGGCCUCGUGCCAAGGCAUUCGACGUAAACUCGAAUUGGAGGCCUAUUCAGGUGUGGUGAGCGCCUUGCGAGUUCAGGGCGAAUUGACGAAGGAACGACGUAAGAUUCUCGCGGAUCUGUCCAAUGUUCUGAACAUCACUCCCGAGCGACACAAAACCGAGGUCCGUCGAGCCAUUAACGAUGAACUACUCGGCACCGUGACCAAAAGGCUGACAGGGUCGCUGUGUGAAACAGAAUGGGCUCGGGAAGGCCGCCGAAUCAUCCCGUUGCUCCGCCGGGCUUUGCCUUUGACGGCCUUUACUUCUGCCGCGGAUUCGGCGCAAGUCGAGGCUGAGAAUCACAACCAAAGCCUGAAACCGCCUCUGAAGACAAAAACGGCUAAGCGGAAGACGGCUACGGGGAAUCGAGGCCUCAUGGCCCCACCACCGCCCUUAUUGAAGGAUAUCAUUCAGAACGGCGAGGUCAACCCGCCCUCGUUCGCCACACCCAUACGCCCUAAAGGCAAAGACCAUGAAGGCGAUGUCAUUAUGCUACCAUCGGGGAUGGCGGUACGCUUCAAGGAGGAACCCCUCGUGGCACACCCCGAUCCGAACAAUGCUACUCCCAGCAAGGUUAGACGAAAACGGAAAGGACCAUCGAUACCGGAAGAUGAAGCACGAGGCUCAUAUGAAGUAUAUCCGGUGGGUCAGUUCUACUCUCAAAGGCCUCCCAUGGGUCUGCUACCCGGUCUAAGUUCAAGUUCAACGAGUUCACCCCUAAUGUACGGACCUAAAGGUCGGAAACGACCCAAAAUGCCGCCUCCAGGGACGCUUCAGCCGCCCCUGCCCCCACCGCCCAAUCAGCAGCCACAUCAUCCCAUGGGUGCACCCUCGCCGGGGAUGCAUUUUAUGGAUAGCCAUCACGGCUAUGCUCGUCAAUUCUUACCCCAAAUACCCAGCCCCCUUAGUGAGCUGGGAGCCAAAAUGGCUGCCAAAUACUCUUCUUAUCUCAACCCCUCGCCGAAGGUGGGCCCAAGUAAUAAUAUCCCACCAGUUUUGCCCAAGACUCCGCUGCCUCCCCAAAAAGAAGGCAAAACAGCCAAAGGCGCCUCCAGUACAAGAGGGAAAGGCCGCGGUCGGAAACAGCAAGCUAAUAUCCGACCCAGUGCUCCAACCCCCACGCCCAUUCCUCCUGCCCCCUCCUCCUCCUCCUCCUCUUUUCCCACCUCUGUAUCCUCGUCUUCAACAGUCACCACACCCAACAGCCCGGCUCUAACCGAGGAAGCUAUUGCCAACUCGAUCCAAAGGUCCUUCAACGAGGCAUCAGGAUUGACCCCACCCUCCUCGACCCCCACCAGCUUAGUCGCAUUGUCGAGUAUGUCACCGGCUAAAAUCAUGACCUCUAUUGCCACUCUGAGCACUCUCCCGGGGAACAAACCCCGUCCGCUCACCUCCUUAUCGCCCUCAAUGCAGCUCAAAGAGGGCGUGUUGGCUCCAGGGAUGAAGGUGAUUCCUGCGGGAGCUCGGAUCUUGCCCAAGGCUCCCGUGGGAGUGACUGUCUCGACUAGUUUAGCCGCUGCGUCGGGAGCCACUUCUCUCGGUUCUGCAGGUCUACCCGUAUACAUGAUGACCUCCUCCUCGACCCCAGGUCAAAGUAAUGUAGUGCGAAUGAGUCGGGCGGGCAUUUCUCCCAUUGUGAACAGCUCUCAAUCCCCGAACUCUACCACCAGAGUCGUCACAUUGAAUCCGGGCGCAUUUAAAACGGGUGCAACCGUGCCCUUGUCUGCUACCGGGGUGGUUCGGCCCUCUGGGAAUGCCAUAAUCAAAGCUGCAUUUAGCUCGAAUGCCAUUGGUGGGACACCGUCGAGGUAUAUCACUACAUCGGGAGCGAGACCUUCGCUGAUUGUGUUGCAACGAGGGUCCUCCGGGUUAGGAGGAACUAAAGGAAUCUUGGCAGGUCAGAGGAUCAUCCAAACCUCCCCCGGGGGAAAGCCCAUGAUGAUUGUGACUAAAGCUUUGACGCCCAUGAUGACUACGGUCACUACGGCGAGUGCAACUCCCACAUCUGGAGUGGCUGUGACCGCCACCCAUCUUGCGACAUCAUUGCAAACGUCUGACAAAGAGUCUAAAGAACCGCCUAACAAACCAUCCAACAGCGUUACCUCACCAGCGUCUUCAAUGGUGGAGACAUCUUCUCAAGCUGGAAAUGUGAUCGUCUACGACAUGAGUAAGGAGUCCAGCAUUAAGAGUCACGUGCUCUCGGACAUCUUGCAAGCGACUGGGAUCGUGACUGAAGAGAGUUCGAAAGCGAAAGAGGGCUCAGAACAAUUGGCCCCGAUCAAUUUGGCCACCUCGUCUAAAGGAGACGACCGCUCUUAUGAAGAGCCAGCCACGCCCAACCCAGUCUCCAGUGCAGAAGCCUCGAAUCAAACCCCUCGAACCCAAGUAUUACUGACCAGAGAGGGGCUGAAAACUUUUGAACAAGGUUCCAGUUCGUCUCAAUUUGCCAGCCAAGUGCGGAAAGCCAAUGCUCAACGGUUACCCCCUUUGGUGGCUGGAUCAAUUCAACUGAGUACAGAAGACACGAGUCCUAAAAAGAGUUCAGAAGUGGAGGGAAAUUGUUUGCCGCUAACCCCAAACAAGACAAAUGAACCGCCCUCUACCUCCAAAACUGAGGCGCCUAAACUGAAAUUGGAUCUGAAUUCCGUGAUAGAAGAGGAACUUCGAACUGAGGAUUCUCCCAGCACAAACUAGCUGCAACCAGAGAGCUGAAGAUGAUGAUGAUCCGUCACCUCAAUAUCUGAUAAAUUCGUUGGUUUAUCGACCCCAAAAGCAGAUUAUUAUUAUUAUAAUUAUUAGAGGAGUUCACACAAUGGCAUCUUCGUAUUUUUCCCCGAGAUGACCUCAAUUUUCAAAUCUUGCAAUGCUUGAAAGAAUGAAGUAUCUUUUUUUUGUGGCGAAAACAAACGCUCAUAAAUCAAAAACAACGCCCGAAUGGAUGAAUGGAAAAAAAGGAAACCUACAGAGAGGACAAUUUUCCACCCAGAAAACAGUUGCUCCACUUUUUUCUUGUCCCCCCCCCCCCCCAUAUCGAUGAGACCAUCCAAAUCCAAUCCCCGAUCUUGUCCGGAAUUUGGAUACCCCCGAUUGAAUUGCACCUCUUCACCGGAGAACGGCACCAAAUUUAGAAUUUGUUAGCUGUCUUAACAAAUUGAAGAUUAUCUACUUAAAAUAUAUACUUCACUCCCGUCUCUAAAUAUAACUAAA